AUGUCCAAGCGACAUCGUUUAGACCUGGGGGACGACGGUUCUGGUAGAAAGAGGCCGUCCUCCGACGGACGAGACCGAGACCGGGACCGUGACGAGCGCUCCAGGGGCGACCGAGACCGAGACCGCGAGCGGGUCCGCGAGAGGGACGUGAAGCCCAUGAUCGCGCCGGGCGGCUGCGGCGUGGCCCUGCUGAAGCAGCAGAUGUCCCAGCAGCAGAUCAACCCCUUCACCAACCUGCCGCACACGCCGCGCUUCUACGACAUCCUGAAGAAGCGGCUGCAGCUGCCCGUCUGGGAGUACAAGGAGACCUUCAACGACAUCCUGGUCCGACACCAGAGCUUCGUGUUGGUGGGGGAGACCGGCUCCGGCAAGACCACCCAGAUCCCCCAGUGGUGUGUGGACAUGGUACGCUCCACGCCGGGCCCCAAGAGGGCCGUGGCCUGCACCCAGCCCAGGAGGGUGGCGGCCAUGAGCGUGGCACAGCGGGUGGCCGACGAGAUGGACAUCAUGCUGGGCCAGGAGGUCGGCUACUCCAUCAGGUUCGAGGACUGCAGCUCGGCCAAGACGUUGCUCAAGUACAUGACAGACGGCAUGCUGCUGCGUGAGGCCAUGAACGACCCGCUGCUGGAGCGCUACGGGGUCAUCAUCCUGGACGAGGCCCACGAGCGCACGCUCGCCACCGACAUCCUCAUGGGCGUGCUGAAGGAGGUGGUCCGGCAGAGGGCCGACCUGAAGGUCAUCGUCAUGAGCGCCACGCUGGACGCGGGGAAGUUCCAGGUGUACUUCGACAGCUGCCCGCUGCUCACCAUCCCCGGGCGCACCCACCCCGUGGAGAUCUUCUACACCCCCGAGCCUGAGCGCGACUACCUGGAGGCGGCCAUCCGCACCGUGGUCCAGAUCCACAUGUGUGAGGAGGAGGAGGGCGACGUGCUGCUCUUCCUCACCGGACAAGAGGAGAUCGACGAGGCCUGCAAGCGCAUCAAGCGCGAGGUGGACGACCUGGGCGGAGACGUGGGCGACAUCAAGAUCAUCCCGCUCUACUCCACGCUGCCGCCGCAGCAGCAGCAGCGCAUCUUCGAGGCCCCGCCCCCCCGCAAGGCCAGCGGGGCCAUCGGACGAAAGGUGGUGGUGUCGACCAACAUCGCCGAGACCUCCCUGACCAUCGACGGCGUGGUGUUUGUAAUUGAUCCCGGCUUUGCCAAGCAAAAGGUGUACAACCCCCGUAUCCGGGUGGAGUCUCUCCUGGUGACGGCCAUCAGCAAGGCCUCGGCCCAGCAGCGGGCAGGCCGCGCCGGGAGGACCCGGCCAGGGAAGUGCUUCCGCCUCUACACGGAGAAGGCCUACAAGACGGAGAUGCAGGACAACACAUACCCCGAGAUCCUGCGGUCGAACCUGGGCUCGGUGGUGCUGCAGCUGAAGAAGCUCGGUAUCGACGACCUGGUGCACUUCGACUUCAUGGAUCCACCAGCCCCGGAGACCCUGAUGCGGGCGCUGGAGCUUCUCAACUACCUGGCGGCGCUGAACGACGACGGGGACCUGACGGAGCUGGGCUCCAUGAUGGCCGAGUUCCCCCUGGACCCCCAGCUGGCCAAGAUGGUGAUCGCCAGCUGCGAGUUCAACUGCUCCAACGAGAUCCUCUCCAUCACCGCCAUGCUGUCAGUCCCACAGUGCUUCAUGCGCCCCACCGAGGCCCGCAAGGCGGCGGAUGAGUCCAAGAUGCGCUUCGCCCACAUCGACGGGGACCACCUGACGCUGCUCAACGUCUACCACGCCUUCAAGCAGAACCACGAGGCGACCCAGUGGUGCUACGACAACUUUGUGAACUACCGCUCGCUGAUGUCGGCGGACAACGUGCGGCAGCAGCUGUCCCGCAUCAUGGACCGCUUCAGCCUGCCGCGCCGCAGCACCGAGUUCACCAGCCGCGACUACUACAUCAACAUCCGCCGUGCCCUGGUCACCGGCUUCUUCAUGCAGAUCGCCCACCUGGAGCGCACGGGCCACUACCUGACGGUGAAGGACAACCAGGUGGUGCAGCUGCACCCCUCCACCGUGCUGGACCACAAGCCCGAGUGGGUGCUCUACAACGAGUUUGUGCUGACCACCAAGAACUACAUCCGCACCUGCACCGACAUCAAGCCAGAGUGGCUGGUGAAGGUGGCCCCCCAGUACUACGAGAUGGGGAACUUCCCCCAGUGUGAGGCCAAGAGGCAGCUGGAGCGCAUCGUGGCCAAACUCUCCACCAAAGAGUACACCCAGUACUGAGCGACCCUGCCACCAGUACCACCACCACCAGUACCACCACCACAGAGUCGUUCCCGCAACAGCUGUACAAAACCAACACCAGAAGUCUUCUUCUGAGCACUGUUUUAUUUUAUUAGCGGUUAUUCCUUUGUUUUCCGUCUCCUCUCCGUGCGGUGUGACAUGUGGUGUCACGACGGUCGAUUCGUGUUUUUUAUUAUUUCAAGGUUUUUCUUCCCCCCCCAUCCCCCUUGGGUUUCUUCACAGCUACCCUGCAGUUUCAACACGAGUGCGUUUUUUUAAUAAACCCCGGAGAAAAAAAUGUGUUCUAGUGGUUGCAAAUGACGGGCCUGUCGCAGCGUUUCUGUCACAGCGUUGCCAAGGAUCAACAUUCCUCAAGAGAAAUGCUAAUGUGUUCAACGAUCCCCGGUUAAACAUCGGCUGUGGCGGCGGCCUCCUGCCGCGCUGCUCUGCUUAAAGAACUGCUCAACGCUAUUAAUCUGAGCUCCCGGUUCCUUUGGACGGAAGUGUAUUUUGAUUGUAGGUAUAAGGAAUAUUUUCUUGUGUCAAGGAGACUUUCGGAAGAGUGCACUGAUGGUUCAAGUUUCAUGUCAACUGUUCAAAUUAAUAAAACUGUCUUUGUAGAAAAAAC